AUGCCUGCGCUUACCGGAUUUCCUGCUCUCUUCAGCGUUAUUUUCUUCUUUUUAUUCUAUUGGAACUCGCCUGCCUGUUUGGUGGUCCAGGCUGACGUGGCGGUGACGAGGCUGGUGAAUCGCGUGCUGGUGUACGGACUCGAGAACGGGCUGCCCAUGCUCUUCGACUGCGACGGCCGCGGCACCGAGAUCUACCCCACUGUGUUUGCGCUGUGGCGUGUGCCUGACCUGCUGCCGUCCUUCCUGCUCAAGGGUGGGGAGGUAUCCCGCUAUGUGCUGUCAGGGGCUGCAGGGGCUGACCUCAUGGCACCAGGCAUGCAUAUGAGAGUGAAGGGAGGGUUUAAGGAUAGUGCAGUGCCUGCGGAAGGCCUGCCAGGGUUCCGACCAGGGGAGGUGUGGUCCGUGAAGGUUCCAGGAAACUCCUGCCCCAUUGCGGUGGGCAUAACGAUGGUGGGCAGUGCGGAGGCCGUGAGAGCAGGCAUGAGAGGGAAGCUCCUCCGAAUCACCCACUACUACCGCGACUCCCUCUGGCUCCCUCCUCCCCCCUUUCCCACACCGACAGGGAGACAGCAGAGGGAUCUUAUGUGCCUUCUUGCGCCUUAUGAACAAGGGAGACACCAGAGGGCUUCCUUUCUGCGCUACCUGCUUGCGCCUGCCUGCCUGCCUGCCUGCCUGGGGUGCCAUGCCUGCUGUGCUCUGCCUCAUGCAGAGCACCACCUAACGCUCCUUCCCCCUUUCCCGUGCUUUCAGGGAGAUGGCAGAGGGUUCCUAUGUCCCCAACAAGGGCUUCUUGCCGGACCUGGUCAUGCCUGUCUGUGCGCUGCUUGUUCUCCCGCUCUCAUGCUCAACGCUUGUGCAAUCCCUUUCUCUUCCGCACCAACCCACGCCCGCAGGGAGACAGCAGAUGGCUCGUACGUCCCCAACAAGGGAUUCCUGCGGGACCUGCCCACUAUCCCGGCUCCUCUCCCCCCCCCCCCCCCUCCCUCCCCGCUUCUUGUGAUUUCAGGGAGACAGCAGAUGGCUCGUACGUCCCCAACAAGGGAUUCCUGCGGGACCUGCCCACUAUCCCGGCUCCUCUCCCCCCCCCCCUCCCUCCCCGCUUCUCGUGAUUUCAGGGAGACAGCAGAUGGCUCGGAGACAGCAGAUGGCUCGUACGUCCCCAAUCGGGGCUUCCUGCGGGACCUGGUUGUGCCCGACCCAGAUGCUUCGCCUGCUCUUCUCCUCCAAAUGGAGCACCACCACUUGACGCUCCGUUCCCUCCCCACUUCCCCACCGCGCCCGCAGGGAGACAGCAGAGGGCUCUCCUAUUACCCACCUGCCCUGCCACCCCCUUCCCAUGCCCACAGGGCGACGGCAGAGGGCUCGUAUGUGCCCAACAAGGGCUUCCUGCCGGACCUGCUUGUGCCUGUCUGUGCGCUGCUCCUUCUCCUGCUCUCAUGCUCAACCCUUGUGCAAUUCUUUUCUCUUCCGCCAACCCACGCCCGCAGGGAGACAUCAGAGGGAUCGUAUGUGCCCAACAAGGGCUUCCUGCCGGACCUGGUUGUGCCCGACCCUGAUGCCACACCUGCUCCGUCAGAUGGAGCAGCACCUGAAGAUUCACCUGAUGGCGGCCUGGGUUCUGCUGGGGCUGGAGAGGUUGGGGGCGAAGCGGGGAUGGCUCCCUCUGGUAAGGCUCCCUCUGGUAAGGCUCCCUCCGGUAAGGCUCCCUCUGGUAAGAGUGCUCUCUUUGGUAACCACGUUCUCAGGUCCAAUCACGUGCUGCCAUGUCGGCCGCCCGGCACAACAGUGGAUAUCAAGAAGUCGUCCCACAAGAAGCUGAGCAAGUGGCUGCAUGCCAAGGCUGUCCAUGGGCUGAUAUCAGGCAAGGAGGACAAGCACAGAAAGGAGUUCAUCAUUUCUGCAAUCAACUCCCGCCACCCGACCCUCAUCGCCUUCACACCAGACAAGACGAACAAACCCGCCCAGACCCCUGCUGCUGCAUCCCAAGACGCAUCCGCAGCCGCCCCAGGAGCAGCCACCGCCACCACCACCAGCAGUGGGAGCAGCAGCGCAGCUACUGCUGGUAACAGCAGCGGCAGUGGCAGCGGAAGCAGCAGCAGUGGGGGGCUGACAGUAGAGGAGGUAUUCAAACCCUCUCACCACGUCUCAGCUAUCUUCGAAUCCGUCGGUCUCGACCCACACGCCUACUACUCCCCCUCCGCUGCGCGCGAAGCCGCUCUUUCCUACAUCUCUCUCCACUCCCUCACAAAACCCUCCGACCCCUCUAUAGUCAUCCUCGACGCAACGCUCUGCGACGCACUGUACAAAGGCGCGAUAAAAAAGGGCGCGGCAUACCCCACUGAAUGCCACAAGCGGGACGCGGGCCCCACAUUAGUUCGCCGCAUGCAGGCGCAUCACAGGGUGGAGAGAGCGGGGAAGAGUGUGGUGCGCAAGGGAGGGCUGGUGCCCGUGCAGAUUCUAGUGGAGAGGCGGCAGGGCAACAAGAAGGUGACGCGCGUGUCGGGGCUCGAGGCUUAUCUGGUGGAGGCUGAGCCUCUUGCUGCUGAGCUGCAGAGGAAGUUUGCCUCGAGCACAUCGGUGACUGAAGUGCCAGGAAGGAAGCGGCAGCAGGAGGUGCUGAUUCAGGGAGGGGUUCUGGACGAGUUGGCUCGUCUGCUUGUAGACGUGCAUGGCAUUCCCAAGUCCCAUAUAGAGGACAGCCCAGGGGGUGGUCUAGAGGGGGUGGAGGGAGGAGAUGGUGGUGUGGAGGAGGAAGCAGGGCUGAGAGAAAUGGAACAAAAAUAA